AAGUCUGCCCUCCCUCCUCAUUAAAUUCAUUGAGCAUGUGCAGACUAGCAUCAGCUGAAUUCUUUCUGUAAACGAGCAAGUUAACAUGACCACAGCCUACACUGAAAUCUGGGGUGUAUUGCUGUGGCACAGUUCAAUUGAACCCCUUAAAGGGAAAGGAAAACCUACUACAAUCACCGGUAUGUGGUGGUGACUUACGUCAUACAGGGAGUGGCCUAAUGUAAUAAAAAUCCUUAUCAAACAAAGGGUUUGGACACUGAGUCACCAGACAAGCAUGAUAAAGCUCAUCCCAGCCGAUGACUGCAUCAGGUUAUAGUUGAUUCAGCAGCAGUGCCUGAGCUCAGAAGUUACACUGCCCAGUGUUCAAAGCCCAGUGAAAAUGUGGACAGUCACUGGUUGCUGUUUUUGGAAUUACAGCAGUCAAAUUGUGGUCAAAAUUACUUGGAUAAAACAAACAAUUAACUUUAUAGCCCCCAUUAACAUUAAAUAUCUAUUUGCUCCAGGGUUUGUAUUUAUUUUAUUUCACUUCAAAAAGAAAUAAAAUGUGCAAUUUACACAGACUUCCGCAAACAACUGAGUGCAAACUACUAUAUGGGGACUUCAACUGUUGCAAGGAUAUGUUUUAAUAUCUACUGAUUUUUGGUGGAGAGUGACAGUCAAAAUGAUUAUAUUGAUGGUAAACAAUUAAUUUAAGUCUACAAAUUAUUUAUUAAAUUGACAAAUGUUAACAAACUCACCAACCUUUGAAAAGUAGUGUGGAAUUGAAGUAUGCAGUUGUUUCAUGGAUUAUAUCGCCCUCUAGUGUGUCCAUGGAAGAUUAAAAUUGGCAUGGUGCUGCCUUCAUGUGCUAUUGGAAAAUGUGAAUUGCAUGAGCAAGUCCACAAAAGUCAAGAGGUUAUUGGAGUGACUUGGUUAAGUGAUGUACUGAUCGAAUAAUUUUUUUACGGGACGGACAGUCUAAAUUGAGAAGAUCGUAGUAGCAGUUAAGCCUGCAGUAAAAUAAUGUUUUUUACAGUAAAAGAUAAUAAAAAGCUAACAAAUCUCUACCUGUAGUACAGCUUAACCAUUUAUGCGUCUCUGGAGGCAUUAUUUCUGUUAUAUAGUCAAUCUUGCUGUUAAUUUCGACUAAAAACAUGUAACACCAGGUUUGAGUCACGGCACUUCCGAGACUACUACCGGAUUACACAUUUACGAGGUGCCCUGAACGCUUCACGUUCCUUACGAUACCACGUUGGGUCUGCCUGUUCUGUGCCGGCGGUUUCUGUGAGUCUGUGACCCUUUGCCGCUGCUGGAAAGGUCCAGCUGGGUCUGAGGAAUCCUGGACCGGGGUCAUGGCUCUAAAGCUUAUCCAGAGGUUUCCGCGGCUCGGGCAGCUCGGGAUUCAACGUCAUCCUCCUGUUGCAUCUGCCAGCCCUCUGAGAACCAGCAGUGCAGGUCAGCCCGUAUGUGCAGCCUGUCUGUGCACCUCAGCUGGCCGGUGCAUCAGAAGACAGGGCUGUAGGGCGCUCCAGCCGGACUGUGGGAUAAGGAGCCUGACCACGAUCGCCAGGGAGCCUGCCUUUGUCGCCAGCAGCUCUGUGGGACUCCACAGAGAUUCAGUUCCCCGGUUCUCGCUGACCCAGCUGCAUCGACCCACAGCUACAGAGGAGCAGGAUUUCCAGCAGCGUCUAGGCAGCUGCUCCUCAUAUCGGCAGGUCUUCAAACUGCUGCGCUCAGUGGAGAUUUUAUCUGACACCAUGGCUGCAGCAGCACUUCACCGUGUGGCCGACCUGGAGCAGGAGGGAACCUCUCUGAAGGACCCCACAGUGCUGGAGAAGGACACCAUCAGGGCCCUGUGCUUCCAGCUGGAGCAGGACUCGGGCCGGCUGACGGAUGCUGGGCUGGUAUCAGCUCUCUUGGCCUGCACACGCCUCUUUUUGGAUCCCUGGAGCACUCUGAUGGUUCGGCUGGUGUCUGAGAGCCAGGACAGACUAGACAGGGGGCAGAUGACUGUGGGGCAGCUGUGUAACUUAGGCCAGGCGAUGAUAGCCAUUGAGGGUCCUGGCUGUGUGAUGCUGGAGCAGGUGAUGGUGAACAUCCAGAAGCAGGAGCCUGCCCAGUGGAGCCUAUCAGAUCUCGUUGCUGUAUAUAGGCUUCUGCAAGGUUGCAUUGGUGAAGAUGGAAAAUACAGAGACUUGCUGAAUGCCAUGCACACCCACGCCGUGAAAGUGACCUCUCGUAUGGAUCCUGCUGCUGUCAGCGUGCUGCUCAGUACUCUUGUGAUCCUGAACCAGACCCAGGCCAUGCCUCUAGUGAUCAGUCUGUGUAAGCAGGCUGUGCAGCAUGUACCUCACUUCACUGAUGAGGAGCUCACCCUUGUGGUUGGGGCGCUGAUCCACUUUGGCCACAGCGAUCAUUACUUUGUGCAGGCUAUGGAGAAGUACGUCCCUACAAUGGCAUUCACCUCCCACCCAGAGACGGUUACCAAGGUGAUGCAGUUCUUUGGCCGGAGGAACAUCCUGUCACCAACUGUGUUUAACGCUGUUGCUGAAAGCUUUGUGUACCGAGCGGACGACUACAACACCAGCCAGGUUGCCAGGCAGAUCAUGGCUUUCGGGAAGCUGGGAUACCUCCCGCCUAACGCAGGCAACAUGUUCAGGAAAGUUGAAACCAUCCUGCACACACGCUUUUCACACUUCCAGCCUCGAACGCUGCUCAACCUGCUCCACGCCUGCAUCCUGGUGGAGAGGUUCCCUGUCAACUUUGUCUCCAAAGUCUUCAGCAGAUACUUCCUCCAGCAGCUGCAAGAGCAAGGCACAGGAAUGGAUCGGCUCAUCCUGUCACAGCUGACCCAGCUCUACAUGACUGUGAAGUUGGAGUGUCCUUUCUAUGAGGGCCCCAAGCUGCAUUCAAAGUACCGCGUCAAGUCUUUCCUCAUGUCCGGACGCUCCCUGGAGACGCCGGUGGACACACAUCUGUACCACUCUGUGAAAAAUGGACUGAUUGGUUUGCUCGGGGCUCGUUCGUACUUUGGAUCCAAAGUUCUGACGCCAUACUGCUACACACUCGAUGUGGAGCUAAAACUUGACGAAGAGGGAUAUGUGCUGCCUGCCAGUCACAAUGGUGAUGUGUACAAAAGGAUUGCUCUUUGUAUUGAUGGACAAAAGAGGUUCACUACAAACAAGAGACAGCUGCUUGGAAAAGAGGCCAUCAAGCAGCGACACCUGAGGCUUCUGGGAUAUGAAGUUGUUCAGAUUCCUUACUAUGAAUUUGAAAAACUGAAAAACAUGACCAGUGUGGUGGAGUACCUGCACCAAAAAAUCUUUCCUCACACUUACAGGCUGAACUGGUGAUGAUAAAAACAAUGUGAUAUCAGGGGUCUUUACUUUUAAUGAGCCUUUUUUCUCACUUAAAGAAAUCAUUAUUUAUUUUUGCUAAUUACUCGUUAUCAAAUGAAUGUGUUUUAAGUUAUUAAUUAUGCACCUCUACAUUAUAUAACUUUACAAUAAAGUGACUUUUAUAUGAA